AUGGACGAAGAGCUAGCAGUCGAAUUAGGUUUGGAAGGCAGAGAAAUAGGCCUUCAGUUACAAGGGAUAAACAGUCAAAGAGUUGUGUCUUCAAAGCACAUCAGUAAGUGUCAAAUUGCUCGAGUUGGGAAAGAAGAUAAGAAACUUUCUUUGCGUGACAUUAAGACAAUAAAGGAGCUAAAUGGCCCUGACCAGAAACUGCGAUGGUCCGAGCUUAAACGUGACUUCCACAUCUGCGUGAUUUGGAUAUACAUGACACAGAUACUAAGCCAGUACAAGUCAUCGUUGGCACCAACAACUCCGAGUUGAUACUCCCGAGAAGGAUUGUGAAACCUGAACAGGUAUCUGACCACGACCAAUAUCCAUAUGCGGUGGAGUCACGACUGGGCUGGGCAGUGACUAAUUGGUUUCCGGGGAGAAACGUCUUGCAGUAUUCAACAAUGAAAGUGUAUCAUAGAGAAGUCAAUGUUGAUGAUGAUCUCAAGCGAUUGGUCUUGGCUCAGUCAGCGGUCGAUGCUAUUGGUGUGAUUAAAGUUGCAAAUCCUGUAAGGUCAAUUGAAGAUAAACGUGCCUUCGAAAUUAUGGAACAAUCCGCGAGAAAGAUUGAGAACGAAGAUGCUUAUGAAUCAGGACUUCUCUGGGGAGAGAAAGAACCGAAAUUGCCCAACAAUUGUGGAAUGGCUUUACAACGCCUAUAUUCGCUUAAUAAGAAGUUCAAGUUACGUCCUGAAAUGAGUAAAAGAUACUCGAAGUCGAUUAAAGAAGAUGUUGGAAAAGGGUUCGUAAAGAAACUAACGAAAGAAGAAAUCAAUCAAACGAGUGAUGUGACAUGGGACCUACCUCACAGAUAUGUCAUCAACCUGAAAAAGCCACAGCGCCUGAGACGAGCAUAUGAUGCGUCAGCGAAGUAUCAAGGACAAAGUCUGAAUGAUAACAUUUACACAGGUCUGGACAUGUUGUCUUCGUUUUUGGGACUACUGUUAUGA